AUUGCCAUAGGAUUGUUCCAAUUAUACUUCAAAACAAUUUAAUAUUAUGUUUAAAACACCUCCCAACCCUGCCUAAAAAUAGUAAUAAUAAAAAUAUCAAAUCCGUAACUACCAAAGAACACACGGACUCAGUUAUGGCGGGAAUGAAUAACUAUUCUAGCUUAUUACUUCAAGCGGAUGAACUGGACGAUGAACGCCUGGCCAAGAAGCAUCGGACUGGGGAUAGGGAUCUACAUUUAUCCGUGACCUGUAGUCCCAGCAAAAAAUUUUCGGAUAAUCAGGAUGAUGAUACAUCAGUUCGAAAAUAUCUGGUGGUCGGUGUUCAAUGGGUCUCCCUGGUCACCGAGAACCUGCUUAGCCAUCCGUUUGUUGUGCUGCGCCGGCAGUGCCAGGUGUAUAAUGCCUCGAGACGCUACCAUCUGCAACCCUUCCAGCUUCUGCCCAGCAUCGUCCACCUGCACCGAAGGCAGGGAGUGACGACUCUGUGGAAGGGCAUGGGCAGCUGCCUUUUGGUGCGCGGCAUGACGCUGGCCAUCGACGACUUUAUCUCGAAGGUGACCAGCUGGCCCAAGGAUGUGGAUAGUCGUACCACGCUGAAGCGAUUCGGACAGCAUAUCCUGCUCAAAUGCAUAAGCAUCGGCCUGGUGGUGCCCUUCCAUGCAGCUUCUCUCGUCGAAACGGUGCAGAGUGACAUUGCCAGCGAGAAACCCGGUCUUUUCGAUGUGUUUCGGGAGGGAAGUCUGCGAUUGUUCUACUGGAGCUCCCCGCAAAAGGGCCGUAUGCUACCAGCCUGGGCUCUGAUCGGGCCAAGUGUUUCCUUUGGCAUCACCAAGUAUUUGUUUAAUCUCGUGAUACGGGGCGUGUCCUCGCGCAUAAUGCGGCGCCGUAUAACGAAUUCCCAGGACAGCCAGGGUGAAAAGAAUCAGGACACAACGCUAAAGGAUCUGAAUGCGGAAAUCUAUGCCAGCCUUAUCGCUAUCGUAACCACUGAGGUCAUAUUCUUCCCGUUCGAAACGAUUCUACACCGUCUGCAGCUGCAGGGGACACGAACUAUUAUCGACAACCUCGACAAUGGCUACGAUGUCGUCCCCAUUCUAACAAACUAUCAAGGAGUCGUCGAUUGCUAUCAGACAACGAUUGUCUCCGAGGGAGUUAGUGGCCUCUACAAGGGCUUUGGAGCCAUGAUCCUGCAGUUUGCGGCACACGUGGCUGUGAUCAAAUUGGCCAAAUGGGUUGUGAAUCAAAUCAUCGAGGUCACCUCCAACCGACCACCACAGCGAAUAGUUAAGCACUAUAAUCUGGAUGAGGUUGCCUUCAAUUCCAGGUCCACGACCUUGUCGCCAAGCCUUUCCAGUACCGAAAUGGAGGAGAAUAGUCUUGUCCAGAAUUCAGAUUAGUUAAUGGCUAGCCCAAUUAUAUUGCAUAUGUAAAUUAUA